UAUCGUACACGUGAGCCCGCUGGAGUGCGGUGUGGUGAUUUCCUGAAUAGUAAGGACAAAUACAUCUCCUCCGGAAGUGUGUCAAAGGUCUAUGUACAUCGUUGUAAUAUCAUCAACAGAAUUUGCCCAGCCUUCAUGUAACAGGUUGUCUUUACUACCUUGUAGUUACGGCUUGUUGUGACAUCGUAAUUUUACAAUGACGUCGGUCACUGGAGCAUUAACAACACCGACGACCAAUACCACAGACCUGGUGACAACUAGAAACCAGCGAUACACUACAGAAGAUAUGACCACUUCAAACUAUACCAAGAACACCGAACCAGCUUCAGGGCCACAGAAUGAGGGUGGGGGAGAUCAUCCACGAUGGCGUCCAUCGCAGUGGCCUACAGCAGCCGUACUGGGAGGCAUUGUUCUGUUGGCAUUAAUCGGAGUAGUGGUGGUACUGUUGUAUCGGAAGAAAAGACAAAGAGAUUUCCACAAGCGACAUAAGAGCUCGGAGGAGAGGAUGGGGUUUAUAGAUGCUGAUGCCGAGAACAGACGGAGUGACAUCGCCCUACAGCUUCUGCAGGUCACCGACCCCUCGUAUUUUGAACUCGAGGAGGCGGCUCAAAACGCCAAGCUGCAGGAGCUUCAGGGUCAGAAUGAUCUCAACAUCAUGGAGAUCAUACAAGGGCCUGAAGUCCAGGGAAACGACGAGCAAGGUCCAAUAAAUACCAAGGACAGUACUAGUGAAAAGUGUGAUAAAAGUUCUAAAGAUGGAGAAUUAAAUGCCGCGAACAGAGCUUCAAAAGGCAGCGUUUCUGGUGCCCUAGUAAAUGACAUUAAACGUAGUGAAGACGCAAGCGUACUGGAAGGUAAGCAAAUUGAACAAACCAUCGAACGAAAAUCGAACAUCAGUGCCGCAAAUAGUAACGAAAAUAAAGCCACAGUGACAAGGUCUUCCAAUGCUGAUGCAGUAAGUAAUCCAUCUGCGAAACGAACCUCAGAAAAAAUUCGCUCGACGCGCUUAUCGUCCAAUAUUCGAAAAUCUAACGUGAAAGAAGGUGAUCAUGCCAACGAUACGACAGGUCAGGAGCUUAACCCCCGGCACAGCGUCAAUAAUAACAAAACCAACACCACAAGUGAUGAACAUCAGACGGAGGAGCGGAUCAAACAGAGACGGUCUGCGAGAUCAAGUGGGGGCUAUUCCUCGGACAAAAGGGCCAGUGAGAAACUGACCCAGAACCCCCCGGUACAACGUCCGGUGAAUGGUGUUGCUGACGUCACACGACCCAUCAGCACGAGGAGCAGUAAGCACUCGUCUGCCAGCUAUGAGGAGACCAUUAUGCAACUGAAACAUAUUGAUAGUGAUCCAAACCUGGCUAGUUAAAUGUAAAGUGGCUGUUCACAGUAGCUGUGCAUAAUAUUGUGACCGAGUAUCGUGGAUUGAACCAAACUUAUUUUUGAUAGCGUAACAAAACCAAAUUUGGAAUAAGAUGAAAAUCCUGUUUGACUAAAUUGGCCUGUCAUUUAUGAAAAGUCAUUCAACAUUGCUCACGCUUAGCAAGAUCUACAGAAAACGUCAUUCAUACUUAUUUGCAGGUGUAAAACAAUCAGAUUAAAUUCAUUUAUUGCUAAA